AGGUGAUCAUCGUAGAUCCGGAGGACACGAAUAUCGUCAUCAUACAACAGGACACUUACACUCUUCGGAUUCUCAUCCUCGCACAUUUAGCGGAGGUGCGACACACAGUGAAGUUGGAGAAGGCGGAGUGGGCGGUCUUGUAGGUGAAAGUCACGGAGGUCAUUCAUUUGGAGGUCACGAUCAAGGUGGAGUAAUGGAUGCUACAUUUAUUUGGAAGCUCACUAAACUUGGAAGAAUUGGGUCGUCCAGACUUCGGUUUGACGAUGAUUUCGCUGAUAGGCUAAACUACCAAUAUACUGGUGUAUUGAUGUUCCUGUUUAUUGGUCUUAUCGGAAUUCGCCAAUAUGUUGGCAAACCGAUUCAAUGUUGGAUUCCCCAAGAAUUUACGCGUGGUUGGGAAGAGUAUGCUGAAAACUACUGUUGGGUAUCUAAUACGUACUUUGCGCCACUGCAGCACAGUCUACCCCCUGCACCAGACAGAGAAAUGUUACUCAUUGGUUACUACCAAUGGGCACCAAUUGUAAUGGCUAUUCAAGCCAUGUUGUUUUACUUACCCUGCCUGAUAUGGCGAUUAUUUAUGGCUCAAUCAGGAUUUAAUGUAAGGCGUAUCCUGCAAAUGGCAUGUGAUUCCAAUGUGCUGCUGCCUGAGCAUACAAUGAAGAAUGUACGAUUUAUUGCCAGAUACAUGGAAGGCUGUAUUUACAGACAAAGAGACUAUCGUAAACGAAAAUUAUCGACAGUUUUAGGAUUUUCCCUUACAAGUUAUACAGGAAUGGGUCAAUCACCCCAUAUGCAUGUGCACCAACACUAUUCACCUGCCUAUACUCAUCAGCAUCCCCACUCGCACCAUCAUCAUCCUCCCCCACCACCACCUCCCCCACCUCAUUCUCACACUCAGUCCCCGCCAUAUAUGCCUGCAAGUCACUUUCAUCAGCUAAGCACAGUAAAUCCAAGACAAUCGCCUAUAGGUGGUGACGAAAAUAGACACAGUAAUGAUCAUCAAAUGGAAUCAGCUCUGAUCACAACACAACGUCGAGGCUCAAGUACAUCACUCCUGGAAAAAAUUAGACAUAGCUUUUCUGUAGAUGACAAUGGCAAAAAGAACAAGAAACACCUGCCAUCUGUAACAGAAGAGGAAGCCGCCGCAGCAGCUGCAGCAAUGGAAACAUUGAAUUCAAGAGGUGGUGGUGCAGACUAUCAUCCGAUGCUUGGACGUCUGAAAAUCGAUGACAGCCAUGCCCAACAGAAUGUUGCGACUAAUGCUAAUACAGCAGGUUUUCAUCGUUCCACCACACGCUCUUCAGCAUACAAGUCGCAAGAGAAACCACUGAAUUUGCAUAAAAGUCAUUUUCGUUACUGUUGUUCAUGCUGUUGUGGUAAACGUCAGGGAAAUUUUCUAAUUGUAUUAUAUUUUUUCACUAAAUUUCUGUAUUUAACAAAUAUUAUUGGCCAGUUAUUUAUGAUGGAAAAAUUUGUUGGUAAUGAUCAUACCUUUUAUGGAUUUCGUGUAUUAUACGACUUACUGAAAGGACGUGAAUGGUUUCAUUCGGGCAAUUUUCCACGCGUUACAUUUUGUGAUUUUGAGGCGAAAAACUUGGAAAAAAUCACAAGUACACUCUACAAUGUGUACUUCCAUUAA